AGCCUGAAAGGGGCGCCCCACGGCCUUACAGAGCCAGAGAGGAGGUCCCAGGCCCCUAUAGACCUGGUGGGGGUUGUCCCAGGACCCUAUAGACCAGGGUGGGGGGUCCCGAGCCCUAUAGGGUCUGGUGGGCCGCACAGAGCCGUGUGGAGGCGGGGCUGGGCCCCGUGGAUCUGGGGAGAUCCUAUAGAGUAGCAUUGUAGGGGGGUUAAGGAAGGGAGCUCCUAUAAGGAGCUGCACUCCCUACAGAAAGAGAGGAGAGAUUUCCAUAGGGGAAAGGGGGCCGUGAGAGGUUGGGUCUCUGCAGAAAGGAGCCGAAAACAUCCUGUGAAAUUUCACAUAUGGAAAUCUUAUAGGGAAGAGGGAGGCAGGGAUCUAUAGGGUUUGUGAGGCCAGCUGUGGAAGAGGAGCCCCCCCCCGCGUGGGGGGGGGAAGCUGCCCCGUGGGGCUGAUGUCCUGGGGUGGUGGUAGGGGGGGAGAAGGAAGGCACCUAUAGCGGGAGUAGGGGGUGCCUAUAGCAAGGCCCUGCUAUGGCCUCCGUGCCUGUGUACUGCCUGUGCCGGCUGCCCUAUGACGUGACCCGCUUCAUGAUCGAGUGCGAUGUCUGCCAGGACUGGUUCCAUGGCAGCUGCGUGGGGGUGGAGGAGGAUGCAGCGGCCGAGAUUGACCUCUAUCACUGCCCCAAGUGCCAGGAGCUGCAUGGCCCCUCCAUCACCCUGACGUGGCCCCUGCUCCGCAGUGAAGCGGCGCCGUGGCCCCACCAAGCAGCCAGAUGCAGAGCCCAUCCGCACCAUCCGUACCGGGAGCGCGCAGUUCGUGCGGGAGCUGCGGGGCCGGACCUUCCCCAGGGCCCGGCCCAGUGCUGCAACCCCCCCAGUGCCGAUGAGGUGCUCCUGAAGCCCAGCGGAGCCCAGCUGACAGUGGAGUACCUGGAGGAGAACAGCUUCAGCGUUCCCAUCCUGGUGCUGCGCAAGGAGGGGCUGGGCAUGACCCUGCCACCCCCCACAUUCACCGCCCGUGACAUCGAGCACUACGUGGGCCCAGACAAGGAGAUCGAUGUCAUCGACGUGGCACGCCAGGCUGAUUGCCGCAUGCGUCUGGGCGACUUUGUCACCUACUUCUGCGGGACCCGCCGCGAUCGCGUCCUCAACGUCAUCAGCCUUGAGUUCUCCGACACCCGGCUGUCCAACCUGGUGGAGACGCCGCGCAUUGUGCGCAAGCUCUCGUGGGUGGAGAAUUUGUGGCCAGGUGAGUCGGUGUUCGAGCGGCCCAGCGUGCAGAAGUACUGCCUCAUGGGUGCCCGCGACAGCUACACCGACUUCCACAUCGACUUCGGCGGCACCUCUGUGUGGUACCACGUGCUGCGGGGUGAGAAGGUUUUCUACUUGGUUCGGCCUACCCCAGCCAACCUGGCCCUCUUUGAGACCUGGAGCAGCUCCAGCAAUCAGGGCGAGAUGUUCUUCGGCGACCAGGUGGACCGGUGCUACCGCUGCCCCCUGCGCCAGGGCCAGACCCUCUUCAUCCCUACCGGCUGGAUCCACGCGGUGCUGACGCCUGUCGACUGCUUGGCCUUUGGAGGCAACUUCCUGCACAGCCUCAACAUCGACAUGCAGCUCAAGGCCUAUGAGAUCGAGAAGCGGCUCAGCACUGCCGACCUCUUCAAAUUCCCCAACUUUGAGACCAUUUGCUGGUAUGUGGGCAAGCACCUGCUGGACACAUUUCGAGGGCUGCGCGAGAAUCGCCGGCACCCUGUGGCCUACUUGGUGCACGGGGCCAAGGCACUGACCACCGCUUUCCGUUCCUGGACCCGCAAGGAGGUACUGGCUGAGCAUGAGCACGAGAUCCCUGAGACUGUGCGGCCUGGGCAGCUCAUCAAAGACUUGGCAAAGGAGAUCCGGCUGGUGGAGGACAUCUUCCAGCAGAGCAUGGGCAAGUCGGGGCCCCCCUUUGGGCUGCCCCGGCCCCACCCCGAGCCCCUUGGCAAGAAGGGGGGUGCCCGCAAGGCCCCCCCUGGGGCCGGGCCCCGCCGCCUGCAGCCCGAGGUGCUGGAGCCGGAGGGACGCCGGGGCCCCGCACGCAGCCCGGAGCUGCCGGAGGACGAGGAGGAGGACGACGAGGAGGACGAAGAGGACGAGGAGGAGGAGGAGCCGGAGGCACCCAGCUCCAGCCCGGAGGAGACGGAUGGUGACUCGGAGGCGGCCGAGGGGGAGUUGCCCCUUGGCGUGGCCAACGGCCGUGGUGCCCGGCCUCAGCGGAGCCACCUCGGGGGGCGAUGGCAGCCUCAGGCCCCUCCGUCGCCCUCCUGCUCCCCACCAAGCCCCGCUGGUGCCCACAGCCUCGACCUCGACUCUGAGGAGGACCUGCAGAUUGACGAGACACCGCCACGCCGUGGCUCCCGCCGCCUGCCCCGGCUCCCCCGGAAGCUGCCCCGGGCCAAGCCGUGCUCGGACCCCAACCGCGUACGGGAGCCAGGGGAGGUUGACUUCGACAUUGAGGAGGACUACACGACGGAGGAAGAGGAGGGAGGGGCCGGCAGUGCUGCUGGUAUCCUUGACCUGCUCAAGGCCAGUCGGCAAGUUGGGGGGUCUGAAUACCCCCAGCUCAGCGAGGCGCCAGCCUCCCCCAGCACACGAGAAGCCAUCCAGGGCAUGCUGCGUAUGGCCAACCUGCCAGCAGGGACCCCCCCGGUGGUGGCAGGGGCCCCAGGCUGGUGGGCGACCGGGCAAGCGGCCGAGCGGGGCGUCCCUGGCGCCUCUGGGGCCCCGCGCCGCCUGCUCCCAGCCCCCCGCAGCACCGACAGCGAGGAUGAGGCCAGCCCUGACGAGCAUGACAGCCUGGGCGCCUGCUUCAAGGACGCUGAGUACAUUUACCCCUCACUGGAGUCGGACGAGGACGACCCAGCUCUGAAGUCACUGCCGAAGAAGAAGAAGGUCACAGACGACGCACCCUGGAGCCCUAAAGCCCGCGUGACCCCGACGCUACCUCGGCAGAGCCGCCCUGUUCGGGAGGGCACCCGUGUGGCCUCGGUGGAAACGGGGCUGGCCGCUGCUGCCGCCAAACUGGCCCAGCAGGAGCACCGCAAGCUGCAGCGACGGAAGGGUCCAGUGAAGCGCCGCCCACCUUCGCCACCCUCAACAGAGCCAGAGCCCGAGGCGGAGCCCGAGCCCCAGGCAGAACCCGAGGCUGUGGCAGCGGUAUCUCUGGAGACGGCAGAGCUGGAGGCCGCCGCCGGCGGGGGGGAGGCGGAGGGGCACACGGAGCCGCCUCCCUACCCACCCAGCCUGGCUGACCACGAGUACACCGCGCGGCCAGGGCUGCCGGGCCGGGCGCCCGCCCCUAUGGCACCUGGCGUCUUCCUCUCAGGGCCACGCCGGGGUGUACCGCCGCCUGGCGAGUGGGGAGCCCGGACAGGGGGCCGAGGUGGCCCCGAGGCGCCACGCGGCCCCCCCGGGCCGGUGGCGGGGCCGGGCCGGCGCCCGCGAAAGGGCCUGGCCACGGCUAAGCAGCGUCUUGGCCGCAUCCUCAAGAUCCACCGCAAUGGGAAGCUGCUGCUCUGAGAGGGGCCCGGGCCGGGCCCGCCGCGGGGCCCCUGCGCCGGCAGGUGCUGCCGCGGGCUCCGCCGCAAGGGGAAGCCCGGGGGGCGGGGCCCUGCCCGGCCACGCCCACCGCGCUGACCUCCCCCCUCUCCCUGCCCAACACAGCCUGGUGACGAGGCGGGACUGCUUUUCAUUGGACGCUGAUGGAGCAGAGGGCGGUGCUUCCCCCUUGCCCCCCUGCAGGAUUGGCUGAGGAAAGGGUGGGGCUUCCUCUGAUGAGUCGCGGUUGGAUUUCUUUUUUUUUUUAACCCCCUACCCUGCGUCUUCAGGUUGAGUUUGGGGCGGGGCGAGGUCCUUCCUCAUUGGCUGCUGCCCCACUCGGGCUGGGCUCCACCCACUUUUGUAGGAGCCGAGUGAGGCCACGCCCCCCCACUUUUAUAUUGUUAGAAUAAAAAAAGGAGAAAAAUCGA